AUGACCAACUUGCCCGCCAGGGUGAAGCAACACGUUGCACCCAAGAUCCUCACUGCGGACUCCUAUGGUCACGGGAACGACACCUUCGAGAUCGAUAUCCUCAAACACAUACGGAAUGAGGCCGUCUCUGAUCCCAGAGGUCUUCAUAUCCUCCAGCUACUUGACAGUUUCCAACACAACGGCCCGAACGGAGCUCAUGCCUGUCUCGUCUUCCCUGCCAUGGGUCCGGAUAUGUCCAAGUAUAGGCGGCUGUUUCCCAAACUUCGCAUCUCUACACAGGCUAUACAAAUCGUUUCAAGGCAGCUGCUACUCGCCCUUUCUUUUUUGCACGACACAUGCCGAGUCAUGCAUACUGACAUAAAGCCUCAAAACAUCCUUAUCGAGACGCCCGCAAUAAGAGAAAUAUUCGACCAUGCCCCGCCCGAAGUGUUUGAGUCACAAGAGGCAGCAAGGGAUGGUAACAUCAUGGAGUCCGUUCAAGUCUCAUCCGCGCAGGAAGACUUGGCCCAGUCACUCAGAGUGUCUGCUAAGCUGGCAGACUUUAGAGCAAGUAUGAUGUCCUAUUACGGGCGAAGAAGUGCCCCCUAA